AAGCAUGUGUUUUUUUGCCGUGGCUUUGGUUUAUUAGGUGAAUCCUAUUGUUUUUUCAUGUUCUGAUGUUGUUUAAUUAAUUAAAUCCUCUUAUAUUUAGUUGUUAAUCAUUUAUUUUUAAGUGCUCAUUGUUCAAUUUAAUAAGUGACAAUGCCUCCCAAAAAGCAACCACCAGCGGCAAGCAAGAAAACUGAACAAAAGAAGAAGGAAAAAAUUGUUGAAGAUAAAACAUUUGGCCUGAAAAAUAAGAAAGGUGCUAAAACUCAAAAGUAUAUUCAGCAGGUUGCCAAAUGUUACAAUGCAAAUCAAGGCAAAGACCAACCUAAAACGUCUAAAAAGGAAGAGAAGAAAAAAGAAUUGGAAGAAUUCAAUAAAAUUUUUAAGCCUGUCGUUACUCAAAAAGUGGAAAAAGGAGUUGACCCUAAGUCAGUAAUUUGUGUCUUUUUCAAGCAAGGCCAGUGUAGUAAAGGUGAUAAAUGUAAAUUCAGUCAUAAUCUGGCAGUCGAAAAGAAGGGAGAAAAACGUAACAUUUACGAAGAUACUCGGGAAGAAGACAAAAUGGAAGACUGGGACGAAGAUAAGUUGAAAGACGUGGUGGAAAAGAAACACGGAGAAAAGGAAAGAACUAAGCCCAAGACCGAAAUCAUUUGUAAAUUUUUCUUAGAAGCACUUGAAGCUAGUAAAUAUGGAUGGUUCUGGGAAUGUCCUAAUGGAGCUGAUAAAUGUCAUUAUCGACAUGCUCUUCCGCCUGGAUUCGUGUUGAAAAGAGACCUUAAAAAAGCUGACAAAAAAGAUGAGAUUUCAAUCGAAGAUUUAGUGGAAAAAGAAAGAGCCAAACUAGACUACAAUCUUCCAAAGAUUACCUUACAAACCUUUAUGGAAUGGAAAAAGAGAAAAAUCAACGAUAAAAGAGAGAAAAGCCGAAAAGAAACGGAAAGGAAAAAAGCAGAAUAUAAAGCUGGUCGUAAUAUUGGUCUCAGUGGUCGGGAGAUGUUCACUUUUAACCCUGAUCUUGUCAAUGAUGGAGCGUUGGAUGAUGAUGAAGCUACCUUUGAUAAUCUCAGGAGAGAAGAUGAGGAUGAUAAUGAAAGUAGCAAUCAACAAAUUAAAGAGAUUGAUUUCAAUGCUUUGCAAAAUGAUCUUAGGGAUGUUGAUGGUAGUGGUACACAAAUAUUAGGAAAACGACAAUUCGAUACUCGGGACGACGAUGAUACAGGCGAUGCUGCCCCAUCUGCUGAAGCAACAGCAACUACCUCGUCAGUUUCUGAAGUCAAGAUUGACGACAUUCCUAUUGAUGAAAAUUUAUUUGAUGACGAUGAAGAUCUCGAUGACUUGGAUGAAGAGCUUGCUGAUUUAAAAGUUGAUGCGUCUUAAUGUGAUGUUUAUAUCCUAUUAAUCUAGUGAUUUGUUCACUAGUUAGUUUAUAAAAGAUGAAGAAAGUCCAAGUGCAUCUAUAUCAGUUAUCUACAAACUUUGAUUUAUUUCUAUAUUCUUUCUCUGUCUCUAUUUCUUCGCCCUUUUUCCUGUUUCUUUCGCACCCUUUUAACUGACCAAGAUCAAGUUAAUUAACAUCUUUGAGAUAUUGGCAAAUUUCCUUUGAAAUCAAUUGACUCUGUGUUUCACUUGAAAAGUGCCCACUACUGUCAUAUCUGUUUAUUAUGAAAAGCCUACAAGGAGCUAACAAAAUUAAUCAAAUGAUAUUUGAUGAUUGUUAAUAAAUAUUUCGCCUAUUGAUGAGGGAUAUAAAUUCAGUUAAUUUUAA